UCUAAGGAGGUCGAGGAGGUUCUACGACUAUCGGUCAAAAUGCGGUGGGGAAAAAGAGGGGGCGCCGCAGAGUUCAAUGCAUUUUAAUGAGUGAGGACUGCCUAUCUGCAGACCACUCUCCUAAACCGACGUCGUCAUGUCAAACAACACCGCGAACAGCAAUUUGGUUACAGCGCAAAAAGCCGUCAAACAACUACGGCUGGAAGCCAGCGUCCGCAGGAUCAAGGUAUCACAGGCUGCUGCCGACUUGAAGACUUUCUGUCUGCAAAAUGCACAUAAAGACCCUCUACUGAUGGGAGUUCCGUCUAGCGACAACCCAUUUCGCCCUCCAAAGUCCUGCGCUCUUUUCUGAGUAAUCCUGGGGGUGUAAAGCUUGCUGAAAUGUUUCUGAUUACCCUUCCGCUCCCCCACACCUCUCUCCCCACUCUCACCCAAUGCUGGAAGAUUUGGAAAAUGCAUAAAGAAAGUGAACGUGGGGGCAUCUCUACUCUUGAGACAACACACGAAGAAAGUGGUAAUGUGGGGCCAUCUAUACUCUUGAGACAACACAUGAAGAAAGUGGUAAUGUGGGGCCAUCUAUACUCUUGAGACACCACAUGAAGAAAGUGGUAAUGUGGGGCCAUCUAUACUCUUGAGACACCACAUGAAGAAAGUGGUAAUGUGGGGCCAUCUAUACUCUUGAGACACCACUGUAUAGUCACUCCACUCUGUACCAUGUUAAGACGAUAUUAUUGUCAUGAUGAAGUUCCACUUUUAUGCUUUUGUCAUGUUACAUUUGUUGUUGUUGUUUUUUUAAAACUAAGUUUUCUGCAGUGAAAUGUUUCACAUCACACUGUCAUGAUACUUUAUCUGCAUUGUUAAGGUUUGGUUCUUGUAUUUUCAUCAAGAGCAGUGUAGAAGGGCAGCCUUUCCCAGAGAAUUCCUAUCUUUUUCCAUGCAAGCACCCUCUUGAUACUAGAGGUAUGAUUUUUAUAUCUUCUGUGCUAAUUGUGUUUAUCUGUCAUUUCACAUAAUUCUGUUAAACUUUUGCACAAGCAUCAAAUAUAUGGAGUGGGAAAUUGCACACAAAAAACUGACUAUUUGUACUGAGAAGAUUGUGCCAAUUGUGCAAAGGAGUUGAGGCAGAUUGUCAGACACUUGAGAAUAAAGUAUCAUUCUUCUUG